AUGCUCCGAUCGGCCGCGUCCAGCUGCUCGACGCUGCUGGCUCGCACCACGCUCCUGCCCGCUGCCGCCCCCGCCGUUCCUUGCUCCUCGCCCUCGUCUGCUUCCCUGCGGUCGGCGGCACGAUCCCUCUCCCGUCCUUCGCCGCGAUGCCUUGCCUCCUCCUCCUCCUCCUCUUCCUCAGCCUCGUCUGCCAAGAAGGGCUCUUCCUCGGCUUCAUCGAGCUCGACAGCCACGUCGACACCUUCAGCUUCUUCUUCGGCGGAAAGCAGCAGCAGCAGCAGCAGCAGCGGCGGCACACCGGCCUCGCCCUCCUCUGAACCACCAUCCGGCGCCGCCGCCACCGCCGCCGCUGCAGCAGCAGCAGCGCCACCGCCGGGGCCAAGUAAGCCGCUCGUAGUGGAAUCCUCGUCCUCCCCAACACAGCUGGACAAGCUGCCGCUCCCCUUUCUCUCGACGCCGCUCGGCGUGGCGGUGCGGCCGACGAGCGCGAAAAAGACGUGGGCGCAGCGGCGCGAGGAAAUGGUGUCGCAGGAGCGGCGGAUGGAGAAGCGCCGCGCCAUCGUCAAGCAGGCGACGCGCGGCUACUUCCACGACUUCCACGCCAUCCGCUCCCACGGCGGCAAGACGUGGCGCGCCCCCUCGACCCUGAUCCGCGAGGACCGCGCCCUCUUCUUCCCAGACAUUGCCGGAUCCUGCCUCGCCGACCGCUCAAAGACGCACACCUCGGACCUCUUUCCCGGCAAAGUCUCGGUCGUCUGCCUCCUUAAUUCCAAGAUAUCAGAGGAGCAUACCAAGAGCUUCUACGAGCAGACCCUCAGGACGUACGGCGACCACCCCAAGUUCCAACUCGUCAUGAUCAACAUCCAGGAGAACACGCUCAAGGCGUACCUCAUCUCGCUCUUCCUCUCGUCGCUGCGUUCGCAGGUGCCCGAGUCGCUGCACCGCACCUACCUGCUCAGCGACCAGUCGCUCGAGCUCGAGCGCGACGCCAUGGGCUACCACAACAAGCACGUCGGAUACACGUACCUCGUCGCGCCCGACGCCAAGAUCCGCUGGGCGGGCUGCGCCUUUGCCGAAAGGGAAGAGGCCACCGCCCUCGCCAGCUGCACCGGCGUCCUCCUCGAGCGCCUCGCCGAAAAGGCGAGAAAAAAGUGA